AUGCAUCAUCCUCUGCUUUUUGUUCUUACAUUCUCUACCUUAUUCCAUGGUCUGAUCAUCUUUGCCACUUCUUCUAGCAUUGAGAACAUAGCCAUUUCGUGUGGCUCUUCCGGCACUCCAACUGCGCUCCAUGGACGCGUCUGGGUUGGGAACAACACCAUCUCCUCUACUUCAUCGCUGCACUUGACUGGAAAAUCCUGGGCAUCUAGAGCCCAGCAAAAAGCCUCUCCGGUUCCAUAUCAGACAGCUCGGACCUCUCGCCAUGAGUUCAGCUACCGGUUCUCAGUCAAGCCCGGCCAGAAAUUUAUACGCCUGCACUUCAACCCAGCGCCAUACAAUGGCUACAAGAAGUCCAUAGACCUUUUUACUGUCAAAGCUGGUCCAUAUACUCUUCUCACCAAUUUCAGCCCUUCCCUCACUGCUGAUUCUCUAGGUGCCAAAUUUGUCAUCAAGGAAUACUGUGUAAAUGUACAAGAAAGCCAAGCGUUGACUAUAACAUUCAUCCCAUCUCAAGAAGCAAAGGCCUCAGAAGAUGUUUAUGCUUUUGUCAAUGGCAUCGAGAUUGUCUCCAUGCCUACUGGCCUUUACUUCACCCCAGAGGGAGACCUGGGUGCCCAUGUUGUUGACCAAAAGCACAGAUUCUACAUUGAUACUACUACAGCAAUGCAGAUGAUUCAGAGAUUAAACGUCGGGGGACAGUCAAUUCCAUCUAUUGAAGAUGUUAGCAUGUUUCGUGGCUGGAAAGAUGACAAAAGCUACCUGUUUAAUGGAGUUGGUGCUGCUUCAAUUGAUUCCGCCAUUACAAUCGAGUAUGCAGACAUGCUGACACAUGUUGCACCUCCCAAAGUUUACCAAACAGCCAGAUCAGUGCAUCCAGGCAAGCAGCAGCUUAUUGUUCAUAAUCUCACAUGGAUAAUUCCAGUAAAUUUAGGAUUCAGGUACCUAGUCAGGCUCCAUUUCUGUGAAUUUGAACCUGGAAUAUCAGCAAGAGGUGAAAGGAAAUUCAGUAUACUUAUAAAUAAUCAGAUAGCUGAGUAUAAUGCCGACGUGAUCAAAUGGAGCGGUGCAAGUGGGAUUGCAGUGUACAGAGACUACAUUGCCAUGAUGGAAGGAGAUAAAAUGAAAAGUACUGGAAACCUAGUUAUAAGUUUGCAGCCCAACUCUGAGUUGAGCAGUAAAAGAACUGAAGGCAUUCUGAAUGGCUUAGAAAUAUUCAAGCUAAGUAAUCCUGACAACUGUCUUGCUGGAAUGAAUCCUGCCCCCCACAGCACACAAAUUUCAGUGUCAGAGAUGCCUCGUCGCCAAAGGCAAAUCUCUUUUGAUAGAAAAAGUGCAAUUGCUACUGCAUUCACACUAGCAAUCACUUUAUUGAACAUUGCCAUCUAUUACCUAAGGUGUUUCUCUGAAACUAACUCCACCCUGAGAAACACAAGAUCAUGUUCCACAGACCAAGCUUGUCGUGAAUUCUCGUUUGAGGAGAUCCAACUAUCCACCAACAAUUUUAGUCCAGAGUUCCUGAUUGGAAGUGGUGGAUAUGGUAAAGUAUACAGGGGCAAUAUUGAUGGCGGAGCAACUUCUGUAGCAAUAAAACGUUUGAAGGAAGAGUCUAGGCAGGGAGAGAAGGAGUUCUGGACAGAGAUAAAAAUGCUAUCAAAGCUCAGAAAUGAACACCUUGUCUCCCUAAUUGGCUUCUGCAAUGAAGGUAAGGAGAGGGUGUUGGUUUAUGAGUACAUGCCUCGAGGAACUCUGGCAAAUCAUCUCCACAAAUUUGAUAGAUUGGGGAAUGGUAACCAUCCUCUCUCUUGGGAACGACGACUCAAGAUUCUAAUAGGCGCUGCACGGGGAUUGCAUUACCUUCACACCUCCCAGUCCCAGUCCCAGCAUAAGGUCAUACAUCGUGAUGUAAAAAGCUCAAACAUUCUGUUGGAUGAGAGCUGGGUGGCAAAGGUUUCAGACUUCGGUUUGUCCAAAAUGGGGCCUGGAAACGGAAACGAGUCGUUUACUCAUGUUAGUACUGAUGUCAAAGGAACAUAUGGCUACUUGGAUCCUGAAUACUUCUUAACUCACAGAUUGACAACGAAAUCAGACGUGUAUGGUUUUGGAGUCGUGCUGCUUGAAGUGCUCACCGGAAGGCCAGCACUGGAUAGGAGGCUUGUUGAGAGGCACCACAAUCUAGCCACUUGGGCCAUAGACUCCAUGAGAAAAGGAGAAGUUAAUGAUAUUGUUGACUGCAGUCUGGCGGGGCAAAUCUCUCAAACUUGUUUGAAGGUGUUCGCAGAAAUUGCAGAAAGAUGUCUGGAAAGACAGCCACAUGAACGACCAGAUAUGGCUGAUGUGCUAACAAAACUUGAAUUAGUGUUGGCAUUACAGCAAACAGAUGGCGUGCAAAAUGAGGUCAUGAGCAUUGAUGAACAUGGAGCUCUCUCAGAAGAGAAUUUGGUAAAGACCACCGCUGACAGGGCAACUAAAGUCAAAGGAAAAGAUGUUACCAGGGGAAGGGCGAAGAAGAAGGAUAGCGAUUCCAAAAGAAAAUCUGUUGGAUUGAGGGAUCUUCUGUUACGUCUGGCUAAAACCAUCGCCAAAGACGAAGGCUCCCCCAACACAGCCGUCAAAGAUCGAAGUUUCUGCUGUAGCAAAAUUGGAGAAGGAUGCUAA